AUGAAAGUUUCUUUGCUUUUUUCCAAUGCAGAAUAUCCUCUCCUGGUUGGAACUACCUUGAAAACUUCAAGUAAGAAUUCAACUCAAGUUGAGCCUCAAACAUUAGGCAAACAGGAAGAUUCGGUUUCCGAGGAGAUACAAAAGUCAGUACAAGAUUGUGAUCAGGAAGAAGAAACGAUGACAUCACCAGCAAAAUGCUCAACCACGUCGACAAUUGAUCCAAAGAACGCAGAAUCGACUGACGCUUUUCGGAAGCUGGUUAUAAAUCAACCCCUAUUUACAAGAAAGGUUGCCAUGUCAACUGCUUUAUCAAUGCGAAUCGAUUACUUUUAUGUUAUUAAGAAAACUCUUUUCAUGUCUGAAAUUGUUAUCCUAAUUAGCUUACUUAGUUUUGACGGCUUUAUCCUGGAGUUAGCAGAUGACUUUGUGACCGCGGUUGAAGAGGUCAAACCUUUAUUUGGUAAGAAAGGAGCUUGUGUAACAUUGAAAAAUACGCAUGGCUGCUUUGAGGCUCAUAAGUCAAUCGCACUAAUCCCCAUUGGUGACGCCAGUCUUGAACGCUGUGCACCCGAGUUCGUUCGCUGUGCCUCAGAACUCCUACCACCAAUGGAUACAGAAGGUGAUGUUCCACUUGAAGUUUGCCGACUUGCCGACAGCUUGGAUGAGAUAAUUGUCACCAUUGGAUCUCAGAUUGAAGAUAUAUUGAAGUACCUUCCGGAUGAAAGAAAAGCUUUGGCUCUUCCACUCCUAGUUCAGGCGAUCUGCUUGCAUCCGGAUGGUGCCGUUCGCGAUAAACUUCUGCGGACACUCUUCAAUCUCUUCACGGAUUCAUCCGAAAUGGACACUUCGAAGGUGGAAAUGAAACGAAUUGUGACAAUCCUUCGGCAAUGUCGUGAUUUGGCUAAGUGCCUUGGUCCUUCCCGAAUAGAGAGCGAAUUGCUGCCACAAAUCUGGUCCCAAUUAAAUGAGCGCCCAUCCAUUUACCUCCGAAAGGUCCUACUUUUCGCAUGUGGUGUUAUAGCACCAGCGACUCCCGUAAGUACUUUUGUGUAUCUUGUUCUCUAA